AUGCGAGUGCAGCCGCUCGGCUUCCAGGGAAGGGGCGCCUCGGCUGGCGGAGCUGGAAGGAGGGAGGGAGUUCUCGCAGAAGCAGGAAAGGGGAGGAGGGGGCUAAAGGCUGCUUUUUUUUUUUUUUUUUUUUUAAUCGUGUGGCUCUGGGGCGGGUUGGGGCCCCCGCGUAAGUGGCAGGCGGCCGGGAGCAGAAGUGUCAGUCUCAGUCCUCGUCCUGUCCUCCGCCUCUGGCUGCGCGCGAGCAGCUGCAGGAGCCCUCGGCCCGCCCGGCGCGGCUUCAGGCGCGGCGCAGCGGCAGCAACUGCUGCAAUCGCUGCUGCAAGUUUGGCAAUGUGGCUUCACUUUGGAUCUGCCCCCGCCCGGCGGCCCCCGCCCCCGCGCGCUCCUCCCGCUCCUCCUCCUCCGCUGCCGCCGCCGCCGCCUUCCUCCCUCCCGCGCGCUCGCUCGCCCUGCUCCGCCGGCGGCUCGGCCCGGCUCCCGGCGCCUCCGGCCGGGAGCGGCUGCACAAACAGCCCGGGAGCGGCGGGGCCCGUGCCGAGGCCGGCAGCGGGCUCGCCCGGGAGUCGGGGCUUCGGCCGGCCGGGCCCACGCGCUCCUGCAGCCUGCGCCGCGGCCGGGCUGCAGCUGCCCGGCUCGGAGGCGGCGGCGCUGGCCUUUAGCCGGCUCGCUCGCUCCCUCGGCGGCUCGUACACAUGUGUUACUGACAGAGCAAAAUCCCAACUACUCCCCGGCUCUGCCGCCGACGUCAGCGACCCUCAGCCACUGGGCGGCCGGAUUGUUCAGGCGGAAUAAUAAAACCUGCCAAUCCGGGGAAGGACAAAGGGAUGACUGAAACGAGACUCGGGGGGCGGGGGAGCGAGCGAGGCGGCGGAGCGGGCAGAGGGAGGCGCGGGGAAGGGCCCGAGGCAGGUGGGGAGCGGGGACCCCGGCGCCCGGGACCCGCCCGGAGCGGCCCCCGCGACCCGCGAUCACAACCGAAGCUCCCGGACGUCCUGCCUCAUCGGCGGCGGGGACUGGCGCCCGCUGGCCCCUUGGGACAGGCUCCCUUCGCUGAGACCCUUAGGGAACUUCACCUCUUCCUGUUUGGGAAGAAUCAGGGUGGUGGACUUUAACAGGCGCGCACGCACAUGCACGAGAGGUGUUUUUGUUUCAAUUCACGAUGUUGGAGAUUUAUGAACCUUAGUGAAAGUUUACUCCGCGAGAAAAAAAGACGGGAUCGAACUCACGACCUCGUGCUUGCAAGGCAGGCGCUUGUGCCACUGAGCUUUCCCCACCCCCUCUAGGACUGAAUUCUGUCAACAAUAUUCAAGUACAAAUAAUAUUUUGUAAACGUCAUUGCAAAUAAAUUAUC